AUGCACCUCACUAACUACAGUAUCAACAAACUUGCUGAGCAAGACGGAGUGUCCGACUCACCCGUACCGAAAUGGCGGAUCACUGAACUUUGGCAGUACUUUGAAAAUGAUGGAAUAAACUCAGCGAGAAUUCGAGAACGCAUAGAAGAUGUGAUUGUCAAAGCUUUUAUCGCCUGUGAGAAACCUAUCCGAGAACACAUGGUCCGACAUAUCCAGCAUGGCUUUAUUUGUCAUGAAUUGUUUGGAGUGGACAUAUUGCUCGACGAAGAUCUUAAACCAUGGCUUCUGGAGGUCAACAUUUCACCGUCAUUGCAUUCUGGUACUCCUUUGGACGUCUCUGUAAAAGCGCCUUUAGCAAAAGAUGUACUCAACAUGGCUGGGAUUUGUGUACCUCCAAGUCCUGAUGAAAUGAGUACGGCUGACUACAGCACAAAGCCACGAAAUUGGCCAAAGGAGGAGGAGCAUGUGCAGAAGGAAGCUGCUUGGAUUGCAGCGUUUUUGGAUGAAGGCCGUUUGAAUCGCCGAAUUCUGAAAAGAUUGACGCAAGAAGACAUACGAACAUUGGUCGAGUUUGAAGAUGAAUAUCGGAGGCGCGGCAAUUUCCGUUUAAUUUUCCCUACUGCAGAUACUGCAUAUAUGCAAAGAAUCGCUUUUUCGUACACUCUUUUCAAAGGUCAGAGAGUGGGGGAAGAUGUUUGUCGUGCUGCUGUAUUUAUGCUAGCAACUGGUCAAGGUUCUCAUAAAUGGAGUAUCCGUUUCCUGAUCGAUCAGACCGAUAAAACUUCAUUUGUUUCUGUGUUGUCGAAGGUUUUCUCACAGUUGACUGAGGUUAAGACGGCUGGCAAGCAUGUUUCCCGUCAAACCUCUAUAAUCAUGGACGCGAUGUGGAUAUGGUUCAUGCAAAUACAAACUUUUCGUACAGAGGAUUUGAAAGGUGUGAAAAAGUGGAAUCCAAAGAUCCUAAUGUCUGGAAUUAUUUGUUAUUUUGUACAACCAGUUUACGCGAACCUGAUGCUGCAGCAAUGGCAAAUUGAACAAGAAGCAUGUGGUCGUGAAGACGGUAUCUCACGCCUUGAAUCGCUGUGCCGACAGUGGUUUCUGCGGAAGAGCGAGAGCGACAUGGAUCGUUAA